GCUCUUGAAUGGAUUCCAUACGAAAAAUUUGAAAAUAUCGAAAAAAUUGGUGAAGGUGGUUUUGCGGAAGUUUAUUUGGCUGAUUGGGAGGAAGGACCCAUCUUUUAUUGGAGCAAAUAUAAUCAAUGGAAGAGAUCCGGGGAAGUAAAG